AUGGAUCCUGUUCGACGGCUGGCAAACGGUGGCUUAGUCGUAAGCAUGCGUAUUGCCGACCCUUCGGGAUCUAUCAUCUUCAGUAUCAUGAAUGCUGAGAUACAGGAUCUGUUCGAGCCGGGAGAUAUAGUGAAAAUCAAGAAUGGAUUCACUAACAUAUAUAGAGGUAUGCUAAAUCUAUCCUGCGGAAGGCAAGGCGAGUUUAUGAAGUCUGGCGAUUUCAUGUUGGUUUACUCUGAAACGCCUAAUAUGAGUGAGUUCAAUAGCGAGUAUGCAGCUAUGGAACGAGCUCGAAAACCGUCGCCACCUCCAGAGGGAGAGAAUUCAAGUCAGUCCAACAAUGUUGCUGCCGAUCCGCGUCGUUCACAAGGAGUUCGAGCAGGAGCUCCCUCGCACAAGCGACCACCUCCUGCGCAUCAGUCAGGUCCUCCACACAAACGGGUGGAUCAGGGAGGUGGACACUAUCGCGGAAGGCCAUGA